AGGGGAGGGGGCAGCGCGGCCCGUUUCGGAAGCGGCGCGCUGAUUGGGCGCGGCGCCGAGGCGCUGAUGAAAGGCGCGCGCUGAUUGGCCCCGCGCUCUCCCCUCACGGAGAGGCGCUCGGCGGGGCCGGGACCGGGACCGGGGCGGCGGCGGCGGGGCCAUGGCGGAGCCGGGCUGCGGGGCCCAGUUCCGGGCCGCCGUGCGCGUCAUCCAGGGGCUGCCCCGCAGCGGCUCGUACCGGCCGUCCUACGAGGAGAUGCUGCGCUUCUACAGCUACUACAAGCAGGCGACGGCGGGGCGCUGCCAGGGCCCCCGGCCCGGCUUCUGGGACCCCAUCGGCCGGUACAAGUGGGACGCGUGGCACAGCCUGGGGCGGAUGUCCAAGGAGGAGGCCAUGGCCGCGUACGUGGCCGAGAUGAAGAAGGUGGCCCAGAAGGUAGCGGGGAGCGGGGGGGCCGGCCCGGUGCCCCCCGCCGGGCCCCGCCGCAGCUGUGGCCGUCCCCAGGUCAUCGACACGGUGCCCAUGGACGAGGCGACGCGGGAGAUGUUCAAGUACUUCGAGCCGCUCUACGAGGUGAUCCGCGACAUGCCGCGGCCCCCCGAGGACUUCUUCAAAGGGGAAGGGGACGGGCAGGAGCAGGCGGCCGACCCCAGCCAGGACGAGCGAGCGAGCAGCCCGGCCCAGGAGCGGCGGGAGGAGCAGGACGGGCAGCGAGCGCCAGGAGGAGGGCUGGCUCCUGCUGCCGACACGCGCGAGGGUAGCCAGGUGGCCAGCGACUCCGAGGGGGAAGUGUUCUGCGACACCCUGGAGCAGAUGGAGCCCGAGCAGGCUGGGCAGCCGCUGGCCAAGCAGGGGCUCUCCCCGAGCAGCGCCCAAGCCGGGCCUGAGCCCCGAGCGCCCCGUGCCGCUGGGCGGGGAGAGCGGAGCGAAGGCAGAAGACGAGCGGGGAGGAGCGGCACUGGCCUCGCAGCCCCGGGCUCUGACAGAGAUCCGCAGCUCGCCGGGGCGGCGCAGGAUGCCGAGGGCACCCCUGAGCUUGCCCAUGGGAGCCAGGGGCUGCUGGUGGAGGUGGACGCCCACGUGGCCGGCACCGUGCGGGCCCUGCAGGACGACAUGCAGCGCGUGCUGCAGCGCCUGAGCGAGCUGGAGACGCUCGCCUCCGCACAGGGCGACGCCUCCGGGACCGAACGUGGCCGGCUGCUUGCGCCGCAGGCAGCGUCCCCGUGGCCGCUGGCGGUGUCCCCGCGCACCCUGCUCUUCCUCCUCGCCUGGCCCUUCGUCACCCAGUGGCUGCUGCGCCGCUGGCAGGGCACCAAGAGGUGACCGCCGCGGGACGGCCCCGCUCCGCCCGCCCCGCCGCCGCCACCGUCCUCGUUCUGCUUCUCACGAGCCGGGACCGCCGCACCGGGGAGGGACGGGGCUCCCGGCCCGGGGCUCCCUCCCCACCGCCGCCUUCCUGCCCCCGAGGGGGCCGAGCUGCGAGCCCGGGGCCGCCAGGAGCCCCCCCGCAGCCGGCCCCGGGGUGGGGGGGGGGGGGGAGGGCAGGGCCGCCGCGCACCGCCGCCACCGGCCGCCACCAGCCGCUGGGGCCCGGCCAGCACCGCACGGGGGCAACCGAGCGCUCCCCGCACCCAGAGCAGCGCCGCCGCCAUCACGCACCGGGGGCUCGGGGCCUGCGCACCGCGAGCGUGGCAGCGGGGCCGGAGCCCCCCCUCCCCCCCCCCCGAGGGGGCCCGCGGGGAGCACCGGGGGGCUCGGGGCCCGCGGCCCG